CAUAUUGUUGUAAACCGACUGAAAACAGUUAUGUUUACCCUACUUUUCUAUCGUUUGGGUUACGUUCAUAGAAAACAUUUCUGUGAGGGAAUUUUUUGUUGGGGGACUAUAACUUUUCAACAAGUAGGUAGAAGAAUGGAUAUUCCAUGCCGCAUCUCGCAUGGUUUCGGGAUUCUGCUAUAAGUGGCUGUUGGAAGCAAGAUACUGGGAGCAUUGAAAAUACUGUGACCGUUUGGCUAUGUAUCUUACAGCCCUGCAGAGUGAGCUUGCAGCUGUGUCUAAGAAGCUACUUGGAGUCCUUGGGACGCCACUGCACACAUUGGCCACCCGGACACUGACCAGCUUCUAUAGUGAUGUCCAGCAGAAGCUGGAAAAUCGCACUCUCUCUCUUGCUUUGGCACCAAUGGUAAUGGGAAUAGACACCGAUGACAAAACUUAUGUGAACAAGGAUGGAUUUAAUUUAGAUGUGCUCAAAUAUCUCCAGGAGCAGGAAAUGUGGUACAAGAAUGAAGUUUUAAACCCGAAGCUGAAAGCCUCAAGUUUUGGGGACUAUUACUGCGCACUGAUGUUCAUGCCCUCACGUUAUUUUGAGUCGAGGGAGAAAUUAGAUUAUCUUUACUCACAUGUAUGGCAUGGUGAUUCAUCAUUUGAUCCAAACGAGCCAGUGGAGACCAUUGAAAAAAUUCCUUUUGAAGAGGCUCUGAAACUGCUGACUGUGACGCUGUCCUGCAAUAUGGAGUAUUAUUUGGCUAACUGGGAUGAAAUGGAGAAGGAUUUAGGGCGCAAGCUGGACAGUUUCAAUCCAGAAGAUGAGAGUUUCACAAAGGGUUUAGAACGAGAGCUCUUCUACAACCAAGUCAUCAAGAUAAUUGGUGAGAGCGAGGAUGAUGACAAGGCAACAUUUUCAGUGAUGCUCAAGGACUUCAGGGCUUUGUUCCUUGAAGGUAAUGACAACUUUGCAACGGCAAGACGAGGCGAUAAUUACCUCCUUUUCCAUCACGUCACCUCAUAGGAAGGUUAUUGGUGUUGAAACUAAUUUAGUGAUAAUAGGAGCUGUGCUGCUGAGAGAGCUGGAUGCUGAAAUAAGGGUCCCAAAAAGGACUACUCGAAUUUUUUAACAAUGACCAUGUAUCUCUUGUGUGUGUAAAGAUUAUGUUAUGUUCUUUUAUGUCAUUCUGGGGUAAGUUGACCGAUCAAACUUUAAUGGGAAUUUUUUACACAUAUUUGAAGCUCUCAAUAUUUUUGGGGAAAAAACUCUGUUGACUAAUUUUCAAUGAUCUCCAAUUUCCUGCGUCACAAAGCCAAGUAAAGCGCAACAAAAAAGCCACAAAGCGCAACAGGCCAUGGGCCUAUUUCUUCAACGCCGACAC